GUUGAAGGGAGUUGAAGCAACAGUGAGAUCCCCAUCGCUCAGUGACAACAGCAGAAGCGUCAGAGGAGGACAGGAUGGGUACCCACACCGAAAACACGCACUCCCCCAUGACUCCAUGAGUUUGAAGAGUGGCCCUCUCUGUGUGGUUGCAGACGGAAACCAAGGGCAGGAGGAGUGGGCGGCAGGUGUGCUCACGGAGGAGGAGAGGACACAUGAAUUCUCUGUUCUGUGGUGUCUCUUUCUCUCUCCCUCCCCUCAUCAUCAGAGCCACCACAUGGCUUCAUGCCCUCCGACGAGCUCCGAACGGCCCUUUGGGCCUACAUUCAUGGGGGAGAGCUGCAAGACACGGGACAUGCCGACCGACUGGCGGCCGAGAGAGAGAGGCGGGAGAGGGAGGAGCAGCGACAAGAAGGUGGGAAUUGACGGCUGUGUUGAAACCAUGGUCCCGCUGAUGCUUUCUGACGGCAUGCCCUCUUCCAUGCAGCUGAUUCGCUGGCAGCCGACGGAGCUGCCCUUGACGGAGAAGCAGCAAGCAGACAGGGGGAGCACGGCCACGAGAUGGCACAAGAGGAAGGUCUGCAAGUGAAACACCGCGAGAACACAGGCGGGGAUGGCAUCCAUCGGCCGCUGUAUGCAGGAGAAAGAGCUGCAGACGUGGGACUAGAGGAGGGAGGGGAGGGCGAGCGCGAUAACGAAGAGGACAAACGAGAGGCAGGUACGUCUAAGUAUCAUGUUAUUAAGGCAUCCACGACUGCUAUCCAUGCCGCCUGCCUUUCUUUCUGUCGGCCAGCAGAUGAGCAGGAUGAGCAGGGAGCAGGGGUGAGGGAGGUGGUAGAGGGAGAUCAGCGACAGACAGGUAAGGAUGACUCGCAAACAGGAACACAUAGACGCUAUGCGUAGAGCUUGAAAGUGUGUCUCUGUGGCAUCCUCAGCUGAGGAAGGGGAGCAUGAAAAAGUAAACACAGGAGAGACAGGGACUCGUUCGAUAGACAAGCCACGUACGUAUCAAACAGGCCACGAACGUAUGCAUGCUGCUGGUAUCCCUUAAUUGCAUGCACUCUUCCGUGCAGGUGGUGCCAGGAGACGAUCGAGCUGCGUUUGACGGAGCAGCAGGGAGGAGAGGAGAGGACAACGGUAACGGCGACGCAGGAGACGGAGGACUGACAACACCCUUGCAUGAACCAAAAACUCCUGCGCCACAAGUGUGCAUGGCACUUCUCGCAGAUAGAGAGGCAGACAACACCAACGAGGCCGAGCUCGAGACGGAUACCCAGGGGGGAGAUCGUGCACAGGAAGACCAGCAGCAGAACACUGAUGAGCAGCAUGUGGAAGACCAGCAGGGUAGGUGAGGGACGGCGCCCUCCUCCCCCGCAGGCACAGACAGGUAUGCACCCUCCCCAUCUCUUCCGUGCGGCAGGCGAGAGCAAAGAGGGCGAGACAGGCAGCAAGGGAGGCGGUGGACAGGCCAGCCCAGGCGACGAGAACCAGAUAGAGAGCACUGACCAGCACUUGGAGCAGCAUGUGACUGGUCAGCAGGGCGGGGCGCUGGAUACACCAACACCCAGCGGCAUAGACAUUGAUUGAUACUCAGUUCCCUCCUCCCUCGUGCUGGUGUCUCUCCGUGUUGGCAGGGUCCCUCGGCGGACAGCAGCCGGCGCCUACAACACGUGUUGCCCCUGCAGUGAUCUCGCACCAGUACUAUGCCCACCCGAUUCCCCGCGCAGGACCUCACUUAACCAUGAUUCCCGUAGGCUGCUGCACUGCAGUCACAUGGACCUAUCUAUCCAUUACUGUGCUGUUGUCUGGUCUGCAUGAUGCAGCUCCAGCACGUUGUGGGUUUCCCUCCUCCCCCAUAUGUGGUCGGCGGCCGUCCUGUCUUUCCUCUGGUCCACAAGAAGCCGUUCCACCACUAUCGUCUGGUCGGUCUGUGCAAAAGGAAAGACCCACACACGCAGGCAGAGUUGUUGGCCGGUUACGUGUUUUGCUUGUAUUAUCUAUCCACAGGCUGUCGGCCAGACGGGCACCAUCCCGACGUACGCGGGCGUCACACAGCCGGCCAUUCCCAGACGUACGUGGGUGGCCACACAUGCACACGCAAUCAUUGUGCAAUCAAUGCUUGCCUGUCUGUCUGUCUGUCUGGCUGUCUGUCUGGCUGUCUGUCUGUCUGUCUGUCUGCUCUCUUCAUCCCUGCAGGCAAGUCGACAAAGAAAAGCUGCGGCUGCUCUCUGUGGUGAUGUGUGGUGCGGUCGGUGUGCCACACUCUUUCUGCCCGGUGAUCCAUAUGUACUUUGGAUUGGGAGCACUGGCGUGUAGUGAGUGAGCUUGAGCCUUUGGACACUGAAGCAUAGGAUAGAUAGGUUGUGGGCGAUAUACAAUAG